UAUCGACACGCUCACAGGUUUCGAAACUUUCUCCCACACGUAUGAACGGUCCGGUGUGCACGCAAGGAGGACGAGCGUAUUUUUUUGGUAACCUGUAGGAUCUUAACUUGUAGGUUUUGCCCAACUUUAGGAACAGCGCCUAAAAACGACAGGCAUAACGGGGGGACUCGGGGAAAAAUUGUGAGCUCUCUCCCUCCCCGUUCUGUCUCUCGGGGCAGGGAUGGCUAACGAAGGCGUGAAGGGGCUCGCGUUAUGUAAAGCGGCAGCCCACUGGCUGCGUGCACGCGCGCGCACGCGUGUGUGCGCGUGCAGGAGCGUGUGUGCAAGAGCCAGCAGCGAGGGGAGAGGCGCCCAGCCCUCGCCAGAGCCGCACAAACAAUCAUAAGCACAAAGAGAGCGGGGCGGGGGGAGACGAGAGGCCGAGCCAUGGCAGGCGCCCGAGCAGCGUGCGAGGUGGCCGGGAGAAAGGGCUGCGGGUGCCCGUGAGCACCCCAUUGCCCUUGUUCCCCGGGGAAGGGCUCUGCCAUGGUGCAAGGGGUGAGCUCCCUCCCACCCCAUCGCUGGCCCACCCUCGCUCUCCCCUCGCCACGCACAAGUGCAUGAAUGAAUGAAUUCCUAGCUGCUCCGCGCCGCGCUACGGUCCCUAAUGGCUACCAGUACUGCCAGUAACUCAAACCGCAGCACGCCUGCCUGCUCCCCCAUCCUGCGCAAACGCUCUCGGUCCCCAACACCGCAGGACUCCCAAGGAGACACCAUGGUGGAAAAAGGCUCAGACCACUCAUCAGACAAAUCCCCUUCCACGCCGGAGCAGGGUGUACAGCGGAGCUGUUCCUCUCAGUCAGGCCGCAGUGGGGCCAAGAACUCCAAGAAAAGCCAGAGUUGGUAUAAUGUGUUGAGUCCAACCUACAAACAACGGAAUGAAGAUUUCAGGAAACUCUUCAAGCAUCUUCCCGACACGGAGCGUCUCAUUGUAGAUUACUCAUGUGCACUACAAAGAGACAUUCUCCUGCAGGGCCGCCUCUACCUCUCUGAAAACUGGAUCUGCUUUUACAGCAACAUCUUCCGCUGGGAGACAUUGCUGACAGUUCGCUUGAAGGAUAUCUGCUCGAUGACCAAGGAAAAAACAGCACGGCUCAUUCCUAAUGCCAUCCAAGUUUGCACUGACACUGAAAAGCACUUUUUUACUUCCUUUGGGGCUCGAGACAGGACGUACAUGAUGAUGUUCAGACUCUGGCAGAACGCUCUCCUUGACAAGCCUCUCUGUCCAAAGGAGCUCUGGCACUUUGUCCACCAGUGUUAUGGGAACGAGCUAGGUCUGACCAGCGAUGAUGAAGAUUAUGUGCCUCCUGAUGAUGACUUCAACACAAUGGGCUACUGUGAAGAAAUCCCUGUGGAAGAGAAUGAAGUCAAUGACAGUUCCUCAAAGAGCAGCAUGGAGGCCAAGCCAGAAGCUAGCCCUCAGCUGCCAAAGAAAUCUGUCACUGCCAGCACGUUGACAUCUACAGGAAGCAGCGAAGCACCAGCCUCGUUUGAUGGGGUGCUACCAGAAGAGGAGGAGGCAGUAGCAGAGAGUCCUGUGGAAAAAGACCUCGGCAUUGCAAAUAUCAUGGGAGAGAAGAUAGAGAUCAUUGCUCCUGUGAACUCCCCUUCCCUGGACUUCAAUGACAAUGAAGACAUUCCCACAGAGCUCAGCGACUCGUCUGAGACCCACGAUGAAGGUGAAGUCCAGGCCUUUUACGAGGAUUUGAAUGGCCGUCAGUACGUGAAUGAAGUGUUCAACUUCAGCGUGGACAAACUGUAUGACUUGCUUUUCACGGACUCUCAGUUCCAGAGAGACUUCAUGGAACAGCGUCGGUUCUCUGAUAUUAUUUUUCAUCCCUGGAAGAAGGAAGAAAAUGGCAAUCAGACCAGAGUGAUCCUCUAUACCAUUACCCUCACCAACCCUUUGGCCCCCAAAACUGCCACUGUCACUGAGACGCAGACAAUGUACAAAGCCAGCCAAGAAAGCGAGUGCUAUGUCAUAGAUGCAGAGGUGCUAACUCACGACGUCCCCUACCACGAUUAUUUCUACACCAUUAACCGCUACACGUUGACUCGUGUUGCCAGAAACAAAAGCCGACUCAGGGUUUCCACAGAACUACGUUACAGAAAACAGCCAUGGGGGCUGGUGAAAUCCUUCAUCGAGAAAAAUUUCUGGAGCGGCCUAGAAGAUUAUUUCCGUCAUUUGGAAAGUGAACUGACCAAAACCGAGAGCACAUACCUGGCUGAGGUCCACCGACAAUCCCCCAAAGAGAAAGUGAGCAAGCAAUCAACCGUCCGCCGGCGGAAACGGGCCCAUCCCCACCUGCGGGUGCCGCACUUGGAGGAGGUGCUGAGUCCCGUCACCACCCCCACGGAUGAGGAGGUUGCUCACCGAAUCAAGCAUGUGGCAGGUUCCACUCAGACACGGCACAUCCCUGAGGAGAGCCCCAGUGGCUUCCACCUGCAGAGUGUCUCCAAGCUGCUCCUCGUCAUCAGUUUUGUUCUGGUGUUGCUGGUCAUUCUCAAUAUGAUGCUGUUCUACAAACUCUGGAUGUUGGAGUACACUACCCAGACGCUCACAGCAUGGCAGGGCUUGCGGCUCCAGGAGAGGUUACCCCAAUCUCAGACAGAAUGGGCCCAGUUACUAGAAUCUCAGCAGAAGUAUCAUGACUCAGAGCUACAAAAAUGGCGCGAGAUCAUCAAAUCCUCCGUGAUGCUUCUAGACCAGAUGAAGGAUUCACUAAUAAAUCUCCAGAAUGGCAUCGGGUCCCGGGACUUCGGGUCAGAUCCAGAAGAGAAACGGAAACGUUUCCACUAACAGGCAGGAAUGCAGGAGGCCAGAGGACGGUGUGCAAUAUGUGUAAAUAGGAUAUAUAAAUAUAUAUAUAAAUAUAUAUAUAUAUACAGAAUAUAAAUAUAUAUAUUAUAUACAGAUUUUAAGAGAAAAAAAAGCCUACGUAUCGUGAGGAAGGACUGACCUCCAAACACUGGUUGAAAUGGAGCGUCUCGGUGGUAGUGUGGGGUGUGCGUGUGUGUGCGUGUGGGAGGGCUGUGCUCUCCUGGCACUGAGGUGCGCUUAGGGAUGCACCUGAGUGUGCUAUCCUGGGCUUUUGCACCACUCUUCUGUAAUACUCCUGGCUGUCUGUUCGUCUGUCUGUCUGUUUUGUUUUUGUUGUUUCAAAGGGAAGCAUCAGAGCGAAUGCCCCUCCCCUCCCUGCGCAUGAAGGUCCCUGACUGACUCUGUGUAUCUACACAUAUAAAGGGAACACUGUCAACUUUCUUACCUUGCUGGCUUCAGGACAGAGAGGUUUUGGCAAUCGCCAUCAAUCCCUCACAAAACUGCUCUGCGUUUGGAGAGGAGGCCUCCAGAGGAAUUGCUCUAGGUCUGUGGAGAGCAGGUCUCACUGGCAAUCAUCUUUACGUCUCUUGGAGCAGAAAUGCAAUUUGCUGUUGUGCUGGCCAGCCUGGUUCAGAGAGCAAAGCACAGCUUUUCAGGCUUAUUUACAUUCUUUCUCCAAACACCUAGUUUGCCUCCUCCUGCUAUUGAUACUGCAUUAAUUGCCAAGGAGAUGCUGGGAAGGGGAAAGAUCUGCCCACAUGGUGCUCGGAUGGAGGAGAGCCACACUGCAGAAAGCACACUUCCAUCUGUUUUGACAGUGUCCCCUUUAUGUUUUCUGUGGUUCUCUGCUUUUUGUGUGCUUGGGCCCCUGCCAUUAAGCCAUCCCUGUGCUGAAGAUCUACAUCGGUGCUGAUAAGGGCUGUCUGUGUGACUUCUCACAACAGGGGGAGUGCCCCAACUUAAAAAAACAAAAUCAAUAUGAGUAUUACUAUGCGAGCCCUCCUUUCUGCCAAACCACGUGCUAAUAGCACAGUGUGGAGUGGGAAAGCUAAGGGAACUUAGCAGAACCGCUCCUGCCAUCCUGCUCAGCAAAUUUACCUCUUGCCCCCUAGUCUGAGAGACCACUUUGCUCGUACCUCUUAGCCCUCACCUUUACUUCUAAUCCAUGUGGGAAAAUAUUAGGUAGAAAAGAAAAAAUUCCUUUCCUUUAACAAUGACAACAAAAGGACACCUUUGCUUUGGAUCCUUACCUGACUGCAAGCUAGAGCAGCAAGGCCUCCAUCGGUCCCAUAGAGGUUAGGAAGGGUCACAGGGACCAAAAAAGAAAAGAGAAAAGGGACUAAAAAGGGACUGUUACAGGGUGCAGGACAGACUGGGGGAUGUCCACACUGUAAGGCACCUGACUGGUCUCUCUCCUAAGCUGCACAGCAAUGCAUCUGCUCUCUAAGCAAGUCAGGUGCAUUAAAGACAUUGUGUGUUUUUACUACUUCUGGGGGAUAAUUCCAGAUUCCCUUUAGCAGCCAAAUGAGAAAGAAGGGCAGAGAGGCUGUGAUGUGCAGUGUACCAAAAGCCACUGUGAGUGGGUGGGAUGCAGGGUGCUUGAGUGGGUGAUUAAUAAAUGCUUUCUCAUCUUACCUGGCUAGGUAGAUUAGGUGAUAUGUGAGACCCUCAGUCUCCAUCAUUGCUCAACACCAGGAUUUUUCCACCUUCUAAAUGGCAGGAAGGAGUCAGCCGCAUAUUCCCCAUGUGCAGAUGGUGCGGUUCUAGCUCGUCCACUGUCUCUUGCUCUAAUUGGCACUGAAA